CGUUAGUUUGCCGUAGUAGUAAAAACCAUGUAAAGAUGGCGGAGUUACAAAUGCUUCUGGAGGAGGAGAUUCCUGCUGGCCGGAGAGCUUUGCUGGACAGUUUCACAAACCUGGAAAGGGUCGCGGAGUACUGCGAAAGCAACUAUGUCCAGUCAGCAGAUAAGCAGAGAGCGCUGGAGGAGACUAAGAGUUACACCACCCAGUCCCUGGCCAGUGUGGCCUACCUCAUCAACACCUUAGCUAACAACGUCCUUCAGAUGCUGGACAUCCAGGCCUCGCAGUUACGUCGUAUGGAGAGCUCUGUCAAUCACAUAUCACAGACUGUUGACAUACACAAGGAGAAAGUGGCGAGGCGGGAGAUUGGCAUUCUGACAACCAAUAAGAACACUUCCCGCUCACAUAAAAUCAUCGCUCCAGCAAAUCCAGAACGGCCAGUGCGCUACAUCAGGAAGCCUAUAGACUACAGUGUCCUGGAUGACAUUGGACAUGGAGUUAAGUGGCUGUUGAGGUUCAAGGUGAAUGGCCAGCAAAAUAUGAAGCUAGGAGGGGGCCUUUCCCGGUCCAACCCCCCCACCCAGAAGCCCCCAAGCCCCCCCAGGGCAGGCAAGGGGAUCUUGGGGAAGAACUCCCCAUACAGGACACUGGAGCCAGUGCGCCCUCCUGUGGUGCCCAACGACUAUGUACCCAGCCCCACCAGAAACAACAUGGCCGCUGGCCAACAGCUGAGCCCUGCUCGCACUGCCACACUCAACCACAGGCCCCGAACAUACAGACCACCGGACUCGUAG